GGUGCUGUCUGCCAUGGCCUUUCUACGAACACUUCAUUCAAUUUCACUACACCCUCGGAAGCAGCUCUACCAAAAGCCUCUUUUCCAUGUUCAAGCUCUUCGAGCCCGAAACCAUACAAUGCCCUUGACACGCUCCACCGAUCCCCUGGUGUGGAUCGACUGCGAGAUGACCGGCCUGGACCCAGAAACCGAUCAAAUCCUCCAGAUCUGCUGCUACAUCACCGAUGCCGACCUGAAGCUCCUCGAGCCGCAGGGGUUCGAAACCGUCAUCCAUCAGUCGCCCGCGACGCUGGCGUCCAUGAACGAGUGGUGUAUCGAAACCCACGGUCGCACCGGGUUGACGGCCGCGGUGCAGGCUUCCACCGUCAGUGCGGAGUCGGCAGCGGCGGCGUUGCUGGAGUACAUUCAACGGUAUGUGCCGCAGCCGCGGACGGGGUUGUUGGCGGGCAACAGCGUGCAUGCGGACAAGGCGUUUCUGGCCAAGGGACCGUACCGGACCGUGUUGGAGUGGUUACAUUAUCGGAUUGUAGACGUGAGCGCACUGAAGGAGAUGGCGCGGCGGUGGGGAUCGGAUGAGUUAUUGGCGGCCGUGCCUGCGAAGAAGGAGGUGCAUCUGGCGCGGGAGGACAUUCUGGAAAGCAUCGCAGAGAUGCGCUUCUAUCGGGAACGGCUGUUUAGAUAGCCUCUGGUAGCUUUAGUAGCUCAACUACUAGUACUAGACAAGCUACUAGUAAAAGGGGGAGGUCUGUGGGUUUUGGACCGGCGGGGAAAUGGGCUGAGCUGGCAACAA